UCCGCAUGCUAGCCCCCCAACUGGACCCAUUAUCCAGGCGUAGUAUUCGCCACAAUCUCGAACAAUGGAUAUCGUUAGAAUCUCCAACAAUAUCAGUAUCAGCGACGCCCCAUGUGGUCCGUCGCUGGCUCCAUCGCAGCAACAGCAACAGCAGACUCCACAACUGCAGCAACAUUCUAAAACAAAGGACAAUAAUGGCAAUAGAAACGGUUUAAACCAACAACCAACGAAUAAUAGUGGCAGCAGCAGCGGCGAUGGCUUUAGAUGUAAGAGUGGGAGCAACAACGGCAACUUUGCAUCGACCCCAAAGCAAUCGACACAGCUGGUUCCGGGAUCCGGAUCCAUCGGAUCAUCCGGUGGAUCCUUCAGCUCGACCGGCCAAGUGUCUAGUGAUUCGGGAAAUAGUUCCUGUGUGAGUGGGAGCAGUGGUGGAACUGUUCUCGAUGACCCAGAGACAAAGAAUUCUAGCUUCGGAAGUUGUACCAGUGCCGACGUGUUGGCGACCACCGACGAUGGCGCUGAAGAAGACGAAGAAGAACGUACCGGGGAACGGGAUGUUCUUUUUAAUAGGAACGUUUAUGUGAAUAAGAUCUACGACGAUGGCUUGAGCCAGGGGAAGAAUGUGAACAGUGUUGCCAGUGAUACGGUUAGCAAACGGGUUACUCUGGAUACUCAGAUCAGUUCGACCGAUACGGAUGACAACGUGGAAGAUGCUAAGCCACUGCUCCAGAUGGAUAGCGAAACGAAGCGUAAACCGAAAAGUAUUGUGAAGAGUCCUUCUAAUUUAAGCUUCAAUAGGGAGUCAAGUGCUCAAAAGCCGCGACUGAAUUUGCAGUUUCAGCAGCCUCUUGAUGACGUCAUCACUGAUCGUCCGGUGCAUCACGUUCAGUUUAGUAAGGUAGAGAAUGGGUACUACAGCCGUGCAGCGGUCACCGAUGAUGGAAUCCAUGGUUCCAAGCAACCCGUUUGUUCUAGUCCCGUGGGAAGUAUACUGUCACAUGGAUCAGGAUCUUCCAGCACGUCUUCCUCGAAUGAAAACAGUUCCCUCGGUGGGUACGCGGAGGCUCGGCCACCCGAUGGUGGUUGGGGUUGGGUUGUGUGCUUCGCUUCCUUUAUGGUCAACCUGAUCGCCGAUGGCGUAACGUUUAGUUUUGGAGUGCUGUAUGUGGAACUUUUGGAUUACUUUGGAGAAGGAAAAGGUAAAACGGCCUGGGUUGGCUCCCUGUUCAUGGCAAUGCCGCUGCUAUCGGGACCAGUGGCAUCGUUUCUCACCGAUCGCUACGGAUGCCGAAACGUGACGAUAGUUGGAUCGAUCCUUGCUAGCGCCGGAUUCGCCAUAUCGGCCUACGCCGACAGUAUUGAAAUGCUGUACUUGACGUUCGGGGUGCUGGCCGGAUUCGGUCUGAGCUUGUGCUACGUGGCCGCAGUUGUCGUUGUGGCGUACUACUUCGACAAGAAGCGUUCGUUUGCUACCGGUCUGUCGGUGUGUGGUAGCGGUAUCGGAACCUGCAUUUUCGCAAAGCUCACCCAGAUAUUGCUUGACGAAUACGGCUGGCGAGGUACAACACUGAUCUUGGCCGGGAUCUUUCUCAACAUGUGUCUUUGUGGCCUUCUGAUGCGUGAUCUCGAGUGGACCACGUACAAAUCCAAACAAAAACGUAAACAACUGCAACAGAAGGAAGCAGAUUCGUACUCUGUUAGUAAUUCAACGAAUACGGCAGGGACGGCUAGUAAUCUGAAUGCUACCGAUGCAACACUUGCCGCCAAUGGUGGAGCUACGAACAACGGUAAAGAACAACUUGCCCCUGGGGAAGAGAUCGAUCCACGCCUGUUCAGCUCAUUGAUAACGCUUCCUACCUUUAUUAAAAACGGCGAAAAAGUACCAGUCGAAGUAUUAGAGCUACUCUACAAGCAACGAAAUGUGCACGAGCAUGUUUUGCAAAACUAUCCUAAUCUGCUACAUUCUCGUAGCUUCAGUGAGCCACUAGCAUCUAAGAGUAACGAACAGUCAUCCGAAAAGACUGGCGAUGACGGCCAUAACGAUCAGGUCGUAUCGGAAGAGUCCAAGAAGGAUCCUCUGAACCUGCCCCCGGGAGAUGACGUUGAGCAUCACCACCCAUUCCUACGACGUGCCCACAGUCAUAGGCCUACAGGUUUGCGCACACCAACUACCGCCUAUCUGAAGGACCUACGGAUGCACAGGCACUCGCUGACCUAUCGCGGGGCCAUGCUCAACAUCCAGCGCUACCGACUGCGGGCUUCCUCCUGUCCUGACAUCUACCGAAACUCGAUGACGACGAUCGCCAAGGAGAAAACCGCCUGGUAUCAGGGGAUAGAUGAGUUCAAGACACUGCUGGUCAGUAUUUUGGACCUUUCCUAUUUCCGUGAUAUCCACUUUCUGCUGUUUGCGGUCUCGAAUUUCCUGCUGUACACCUGGUACGAUGUGCCGUACGUGUAUCUGACGGACAAUGCGACUGAGAUGGGUUUCACGCCGUCCCAGUCGUCGACGCUGAUUUCGAUUAUCGGCAUUGUGAACAUGGUCGGUGAGAUCGCACUCGGCUGGAUGGGAGAUCGCAAGAAUGUGAAUGCCAACUUCACAUACGCCGUCUGUAUGGGUUUUUGCGGUUUGGUCACCGCUCUUGUUCCUCUUUUUACCGAUUAUUAUGCCCUUUCUUUUCUGGCGGGAGCUUUCGGGCUGUUCAUCGCUGCCAACUAUUCCCUCACGAGUAUUAUCCUGGUCGAGCUGAUCACCCUGGAGCGGUUCACCAAUGCCUACGGGUUGUUGCUUUUGGUGCAGGGCGUGGCCAACCUCAUCGGACCACCGUUAGCUGGUUGGAUUUCGGACAUAACUGAGGACUACAAUCUGGCGUUCUAUCUGGCUGGUGUCUUCAUAGCCAUUUCGGGAGCGCUGCUGUUGGUGCUGCCAGCUAUCGGACAGUACAAGAAGUAUCACCAGCGGCGUGCGUCCAAAGACAAAAAGACGUUCGAUUGCUACGGGAUGAAUCAUCUGACAGUAAGUUCUAUCUUCGUAUAUUUAUUGAGCGGGAAAAAAUCACAUGUCCUUGUAGAAUUUAUGGUUUCUAAAGUAAACGGGCUUAAUUUUGGAAGUUGGGAAGCUUUAAGUUGGUAGAUACUUAUUGUUAUCAAUUUUGCUGAGACGUAUCCUCAGAAGGCUUCGUACUUCGAUUCGUAGUUUAUUUCCACUGUAUUAAAACCAGUAGAAACGAAAACAACCUGCAAUUCCUUUUCCUUACCAAACCCAAAGGUAACAUUUUCCAAACUCUGUGUCGAUGGCUAUAUCCAUGGAUGGCAUAACUCCGCAGAUCGGCUUGUUCAGUGCAAGAGGUGCAAUUUUUUCGUCUGCUCCCCCAACCUGUGCCGGAAGAGAUUCACUGCAAACAAGAGUGAGAUUGUCAAAAUAUAAGCGUGAGCGAGAGCAUUCAUGGAUGCUGAUGAAUUCCCUUCUCCGGAAAAAUCUAUUGUUGCGCAUUGUGUUGAGGAGAAAUUU